AAAUAACAUUAAAUCAUUAAAAUGUAAAUAAAUAAAAUGCAUUGCUUUUCUUUGGUGCAUCAUAACUUUUUUUCCCCCAGUAGGAAAAAAACAUAUAUUAUGUUUCAGUCUGUGCAGCAAAUUUGAUCUGAAGUCAAAGACUCGGGAAAAUCAGGAAUUUCCUUCACCGCAAACAUUCUGGCAGGUUAAAGUUCCACCUUCAGGCUUCAGAAUGAUCAUAAAAUCAAUUUUGCUCCAGACUGUUAGAAAAAUCUCCCUCAGUCACAUCAGCUGCGUCAGAAUAAAACGUCUGUGAGGGAAAAACAAACAUUAAAUAAAACAAUAAAAACAUCCAUUUGUAGCGUGCACUGUGACGUCAUCCACGGGUCUCCCCACCCUACCCUACCCGCCGCGGGCUGUGGGAGCUGCGCGACUCCCAGCUGGAGGAGUGGGAGGAGGUCCUUCCAUCACCCCCCAUGCUCCCUGACAGUCCGGGCUCCUGCAGGACAAACCGGACCAGCGGCGGACUUUCACCCCAGCAGGAGAACCAGUUUGUUACCGAAGCUUCCCGCUUAUAAGGCGCAGUUUCACUGGAUACGUCCCCUGAUCCGGCUGGUUGUCCUCUGGACGGUAGCCGUGGCCAUCCUCCUGAAGGAGAACACACUUCCAACGUGAGGAGACUUGGGCCACCAUCCAUCCACCCCUCCCCCGCUCAUCCUCCAACUGGCACGGAGUAGAGUGUGAGAGCCCCAGCUAGGGAACGUGGGAAAGAGAAGACGAUGAUGUACGGAACGCUGCUGCUCUCCUCCACCCUCUUUGUCCUCCACGCGAUGGGCACUCCCCAGUUCUUCACACACCACGGGAGGAGGGUGUGUGGCUGGAACCUCCAUCAUCACAACGUUGUCAUGACAACAGAGUCAUACGUCCAACCGGUACACAAGCCCUACAUCACCCUGUGUCAGGGUCAUCGACUCUGCAGCACCUACAAGACAACAUACUCGCUGGGUUACCGACAAGUGAGCCGAGCGGCGUCACCUUCACAUUUCUACCCAGAAUGCUGCCCAGGCUGGCAAAGAUUACACUCCCACCACUGCAACCAAGCCACGUGUGCAGAACCUUGUGUGAACGGCGGUACCUGCCUCAAACCCAACAGAUGUGCCUGUCCUCUGGGCUGGAAGGGACCUCAGUGCCAAACGGAUGUGGACGAAUGCAGCGGGAGGCAACGGUGCUCCCAGGAGUGUGUGAACACAGCUGGGAGCUACAGAUGUGCGUGCAGAGACGGCUUCAGGCUCGCCGGAGACGGUUGUUCCUGUCAAAGCCUUCCCUCACCUCCACCUCCACCUCCACCUGCAGCUCCAGCUCCAUCCUCCAGCAGCCAGACAACAAUGGGUGGUCAUGCUGAAGCGGGAGGAAGCUUCAGUCCGGUGGAGAACGUGACGGAGGAGGUGCAGAGCCUGAGGAACAGAGUGGAGCUCUUGGAAAAGAAGUUGCAGUUGGCAUUGGCGCCGUUCAGCAGCUUCUUCCCUCUGUCGACAGAUGAGGGCUUGUCAGAGAAAACCACCUUACUGUCCCACUCCUUCCAGCAACUAGACCGCAUCGACUCCCUCAGUGAGCAGAUUGGCUUCCUGGAGGAGCGCCUCGGCACAUGUGAGCAUCUGCAUGCUGACCUUCGGUCCUUUGUUGCACUUAAAGGAGGGAAAAUCCAAGAUUGAGUCGCUUUGGGAAGCUUUUCUGCCAAGAAAAUAAACGCUUGGAACUUUUUUAAAAGAGAUCAAAGCUCAAUUUCACAAUUUUCUAUAAUUCAAUAAAGUUUUUAACAUUAUAAAAUUAUUGAAAUGUAAUAGCAGAAUAUUUUUGAUUACAACAUGACAGCUUUAACAUCAGCACUUAAGUAUAAUAUCAUUAAGCCGGUGAAGAUAAUAGAAUUAUGUGACACAGCUGGAGUCAUGAAGUCAUGUGGAAAAGUUCCCCAGAAAGAUUUCCUGUUUGGAAACCAAAGAGUGGUCGAAAAGGUGCGACUGUCUUCAGAGUGAGUUCAGAUCUGUAGGAGUGGGCUUUUGUGGAAAGUUCAUAAACAAUUAAUAUGGGAUCUGUUUUAAACAGCUGCUUGAACAACCUCAGUUUAGAGAAAUAGUUGUUUGUUCUGACCAGAUUGACAAGCUUAGACCAGACAGUGAAAGUUACAAAGUAAACGUCUUUAAACAACUCUAAUCCCAACAAAAUGUGCAUCACAGCAGGGGCGGAUUUAGGACUGAAGAAGAUCCGGGGCUUAACACAACCACGCACGCACACACGUGACACGCACUAGUCAACAUCAUAUAUAUUUGUCUUGUACCACAUAAUUUUUAAUCUGAAGCUACAUAUUAAGCAUAUUCAGGGCAGAGUAUUGUUCCUGUUAGUGUUUAGUGUGAGAUGAUAGUAAAUAUUCCCUUUCUUUCUCCAACAACUUUACCUGACAGUAAGCUAACUUUAGGCAAACCAGCAGCACAACAAAUAUUUUCAAAUAAGACUCACAAACCUGAGUCAGCACCAGACUCAUCAAAGCUGGGGUUCUGUCGUUGUACUUUUGGUCUAAAAAACGUCCUUAUGUCCAUCUUCACUCAUGCGUUUCAGGCAGAGACUGCAGAAGAAGCCGGCUGCUGAAAGGCUUCUUCUUCAGUGGUGGAGGCUCAGGCAGGCUGUAUACAAACUACUGCCAGCUGCUCCCUCUCUGUUGGACUUUGGUACUGCAUGUUACUUCCGCGUUUUAGAUCCGGGGCUUUUCAUAAAACAUUCGGGGCUUGAGCCCAAGUAGCCGGGCCUAACGCCGCCCCUGCAUCACACAUUUAAUUUCCGCAGAAAUGUGAAAUUCCAAAACAGAAGUGCUACAGCAGCUAAUUUCCACUUAAAAUUAUUAUAAAAUACUUUUAAAAAAACAUCUAAAAUGUGAAAAAUGACCUAAUACAAACACAGGUUUGUAAAUGUUUUUGUAUGAACCGCUCAGAUGUUUUUAAUGUGGAGUUGUUUUCAAACUGCAGUGAGCCAUUUCAGGUCCUGCUCAACCUAGCUGUUAGCCUGUCAGUCCUGUCAGAAUGAAACAGUUUCUCCACACCGAGCUUCUUGCAGCAGGUAAGGUAAAAGUGGUUCCUAAUCUUUCCACAGAAACUCAUUUGAAAGCAUCUAAAGUGUCCCUUUAAAUCAUCAAAUGUUUUUUGGGGGGGCUAAUAAUAAAACUCUUUAGUUUUUAAUAAUAAUGUCGUCAAUCUGAAUAGACAAAAUAAGUUAUGGUCUCCUGAGAAGAUACGCUGCAAACAAGUUUUGUGCAAUAUUUACAAUAAUUCAAGUCUUAUUUUGGAAUCUAAUAAAUUGAGAGUCACGAGAUUUUCAAGUUGCCAAAUUUAUAUUUAAAUGGCUUUUUAGGAAAUAAAAGUAUAUAUUCAUAUUAUAAAAAUGGCAAAUCUUAUUCUUAUAUUAUUUAUUUUUAUGAAAAUCAGUAAAUUAGCUAUAAUUGUGCCACAAGUUGCUGGAGAAUCCCAGUCUGACAGCCUCACUUAUCACUGGAGACUUUUCUGUAGUUUUAUUACGUCACAAAAUAUUUACCAAGUUUAAUCAGAUUAAGAUUCAGCCACUUAUUAAAGUGUUAGAUUUUCAACUACCACCCUCAACAGAAAAAGCUGAUAAGGAGCUGUAUGUCUGGUUUUGUUUGAAUCGUUUCUUGUUCCCGGCACACUGGAAAAACUCUCUCCAUCUUCUCUCCUCCAGGUUCUUGUCGGGAUAACUAGCAGCUCAGCCCGGGAAGCUGCCGAGUCCUCACUACUCUGAAGAAAUCACUGAUCAGAUGUAUUUUUUUUUUUUACAUAAUUUAACAACGUUCCUCAAAGAUUUGUUUCCUUGUCGCGUUGAAUCACUUGUCAAAGCCAUGGCAUGUUGUAAAGGUACCUGAGUCGGGGUUACGCCAUCUCUGUAGCAUCUAAAUCACACCCUGUAGGGGUCAAAGGUCAGAAUAGCCACUCACUUUCAGUUUGUUUUGCAUCGGUGCAGCUGUGUCCCAUCCACCAGAGCUCCAGGCUGUCCUGGGUCUGGCGCGGACGUCUGUAUUUAUAUUUAAAUUAUGAACACAUUUAAUCAUUGCUCAAUAGUUUCUGUCUAGUUUUGUAACGUUUUGUAAUAAAAGUCUAAAUCAAAAACGCCA